AUGCGAGAUCCGCCUUCUCUUCCGCCGUCUUCCGGCGACGACGGUGAUCCUUACGGCUCUUGGUAUGGCAACAUAGACUACCUUCUCAAUAUAUCGGCGAUCGGCGCUUUGUUCUGUCUCUUGAUUUUCCUCUUGGUGAAGCUACGGAGCGACCACCGCCGUAUGCCCGGCCCCGCCGCCGUUGGUAGCAAGCUUCUUGCCGUAUGGCACGCCACUGGACGUGAAAUCGCCCGCCACUGCGGCGCCGAUGCUGCUCAGUUUCUUCUCAUAGAAGGUGGAAGCUGCGCCGUUCUCUUGUCCGUUGCGUUUCUCGCUCUGGUUGUUUUGCUUCCGGUUAAUCUCCAUGUCGGAACCUCGGUGUUGGAGGAUCAAUUCUCCAAGACAACUAUUAACCAUAUUCCUAAAGGUUCGCCUCUGCUUUGGAUUCAUUUCAUUUUCGCUGUUGUUGUAGUUUUAUUGGUUCAUUUUGGCAUUUCUGCGACGGAAGAGCGUUUGAGAAUCACUAGGUUUAGGGAUGGUUAUGGUAAUUUGAGUGAUCCCACUGUGAAUUCUAGUGCUGUAUUCACUAUAAUGGUUCAGGGGUUACCUAAAAUUAUAGGAGCUGAUAGGGCUGCGUUGCAGGAGUAUUUUCAAUAUAGGUAUCCCGGUAAGGUUUACAAGGUUAUUGUGCCAAUGGAUUUGUGUGCAUUGGAUGGUUUGGCUACCGAGUUGCUGUGUGUGAGGGAUGAGAUUUCAUGGUUGGUGGCUAGGAUUGAUUCUCGCUUAUUGCCGGAUGAUUGCGAAGAGGAUGGUGGUGUUGAUGGGAGUGCGCCUCUGGGUUUGUGGAGUUGGGUGGUUUCUUGUCGGAAGCUAUUGAAAGGUUUUUUUGCUGACAUUAUGGCUAGAUUUGGUUACACUGAUGAACAGAGGUUGAGGAAAUUGCAGGAACUGAGGGCUGAACUGGAGACUGAGUUGGUUGCUUACAAAGAAGGGCGUGCGCCGGGUGCUGGCGUUGCCUUUGUUAUGUUCAAGGAUGUGUACACUGCUAAUAAGGCUGUUCAGGAUUUUCAGAACGAAAAGAAGAGGCGGGUUGGGAAGUUUUUUUCUCUCAUGGAGUUGCGUUUGAGGAGAAACCAGUGGAAAGUUGAGCGUGCACCUUUGGCGAGUGAUAUUUACUGGAAAAAUUUGGGGACACCAAAGCUUUCGCUGAAAUUGCGGAGAGUGUUCGUGAAUACUUGUUUGUUGUUGAUGCUCUUGUUCUUUAGUUCUCCACUUGCUUUGAUCAGUGCUGUUCAAAGUGCUGGAAGGAUCUUCAAUGCCGAAGCUAUGGAUAGUGCACAGAUGUGGCUGGCUUGGGUACAAAGCUCUAGCUGGCUUGGAAGCCUUAUUUUUCAAUUUCUACCUAAUGUUAUCAUCUUUAUCAGCAUGUAUAUAAUAAUUCCAUCUGCUCUAUCUUAUCUGUCAAAAUUUGAAUGUCAUCUGACGGUAUCUGGUGAACAAAGAGCUGCACUCAUGAAAUUGGUUUGCUUCUUCCUUGUAAAUCUCAUUCUGUUGCGGGGUCUGGUCGAAUCAUCAUUAGAGAGUGCCAUCCUGAAAAUGGGACGGUGCUAUUUGGAUGGAGAGGAUUGCAAGAGGAUUGAGCAAUAUAUGAGUGCAUCAUUCCUGUCAAAGUCAUGCCUUUCGUCUCUUGCAUUUCUGAUCACAAGCACUUUCUUGGGGAUAUCUUAUGAUCUCCUGGCACCCAUUCCUUGGAUCAAAAGAAACAUUCAGAAGUUUCGGAAGAAUGACAUGCUUCAGUUAGUUCCAGAACAAAGUGAAGAAUACCCGUUAGAACAUCAAGACGGAGAUAGUCUUCAGAGACCACUGAUUCACGGCAGUGCAUAUGCUUAUGAAACUUCCAAUGGGGAUAGUGAAGAGGGACAAGAUCUUUCUGUCUAUCCAAUCACUGGAAGCUCACCUAAUCCAAAACAAACAUUUGAUUUUGCACAGUACUAUGCCUUUAAUUUGACAAUAUUUGCCCUGACUCUGGUAUACUGUUCAUUUAGUCCACUUGUUGUUCCUGUUGGUGCUGUUUAUUUUGGGUAUAGAUAUGUAGUGGACAAGUAUAAUUUUCUGUUUGUCUAUCGAGUUCGGGGAUUUCCUGCUGGCAACGAUGGGAGGUUAAUGGAUAGUGUAAUAUGCAUCAUGCGUUUUUGCGUGGAUCUAUUCUUACUCGCCAUGCUCCUAUUCUUCUCAGUGCAAGGGGACUCUAUGAAGCUUCAAGCAAUUUUCACUCUUGGACUAUUAGUCUUGUAUAAAUUACUUCCUUCCCAUAGUGAUAGUUUACAAUCAACACUUUUGGAGGGCAUUCAAGCGGUUGAUAACGUUGUAAAUAGUCCCAUUGAUUAUGAGGUAUUUUCGCAGCCCCGGUUUGAUUGGGACACCUCCCAAAGGUGA